AUGCCUCCACUUUGGCCCGUCUCCAAGAAGUCAUAUAUAAGCAGACGGAAGCAUCCUGAAAGCGUCACGGACAUCGAAUGCCCUUAUGGCUAUAUCCGACAGCUCUACGGCAAGCAUCACUGGGCACCGUUCGUGCACAAGCUUUCUCCCACUCUAAAAGAUGACAAUCCGGACAAAUACAAGAUGAUCUUGGAGAUCAUGGACGUUAUUCACCUGUGUCUGAUGCUGGUGGACGAUAUCUCUGACAGUAGUGACUGCCGGAAAGGCAAGCCGGCGGCUCACAAGAUCUACGGACCAUCCGAGACUGCAAACCGCGCUUACUACAGAGUGACACAGAUUUUGAAUAAGACAGUUCAACAAUUCCCCAGACUGGCGCCAUUUCUGAUGCAGAAUCUGGAAGAGAUUCUGCAGGGUCAGGACAUAUCCUUAGUCUGGCGAAGAGACGGACUUCGUAGCCUCCCCACACACGCGGACGACCGAGCGGCCGCAUAUCGAAAGAUGGCCUCGUUGAAAACCGGUGCAUUAUUCCGACUGCUGGGUCAACUCGUGCUGGAAGAUAAGUCGGCCGAUCAGACCAUGACCACUCUUGCGUGGUGCUCUCAACUGCAAAACGACUGUAAAAAUGUCUACUCAUCGGAAUAUGCCAAGUCCAAAGGAUCACUGGCUGAAGAUCUUCAGAACAGGGAGCUAUCAUACCCGAUUCUCCUCGCUCUCGAGGCACCGGGAGGAGACUGGGUCGCCAAAGCGCUGCACUGCGGGUCAUGGCGUAACAUUCGGCACGCAUUACGCGUGAUCCAAAGCAAAAGUGUACGGAAUCAAUGUCUGGAAGAAUUGAAAGCCUCAAGCUCUUCUGUCCAGGACUGGCUGGCUAUCUGGGGACGGAAUGAAAAGAUGAAUCUAAAGAGCUAG